AUGGCUAGUUUGUGCGUAGAAUUUGGGAUUGCUAAACAAACUGUUUCGGAUACAAAAAAACAAAAGGAAAAGUUGAAGGCGUUUGCUGUGAAGUGUGAUGCUGAAGAAACUGUUGCUAGCAGAAAACGUUUAAAGUUUCCAGGCGAUACAAACUUGGAAGAAGCUGUACACAGAUGGUACGUCCAGCAAAGAUCCAGUGGUGUAGCAAUUCGUGGUGUUGAGCUACAAGCAGCUGCCGACAAGUUGGCUAAACACAUGAACAUUCAGUUCAAAGCAAGUGACGGAUGGUUGUGGCGUUUCCGAUACAGACACGGCAUUGUUAAUAAAAGGAUGUUCGGAGAAGCUUUGAAUGCAGACACUGCGAGUGUCGAGCCAUUCAGAAAACGGCUUUGCACUAUAAUUGACGAUGAAGGACCGACAAAGGCGCAGCUUUACAAUGCGGAUGAGACGGGCCUAUUUUGGCGUUCGUUGCCUGAAAAUACACAAGCUUAUAAACAUGAGGGCACUGCGCCUGGGCGUAAACUGAGUAAAGAGAGGCUGUCUGCUCUACUGUGCGCCAAUGCUGACGGCAGUCAUCGUCUUUCGUCGGUUGUCGUGGGAAAAUCACGCCGACCUCGAAAGCUAAAGGAUAUGACUGAUCUGCCAGUUCACUAUACCAGCUCAAAAAAUGCUUGGUUUACACAGGCAAUUACAGGUGACUGGUUUCAUAAACAGUUUGUGCCUGAAGUAAAGAAGUUUCAGACGGAAGUUUUAGACAUUAAUCCAGAAGAUGUCAAGGCUUUGCUAAUUGUUGACAAUGCACCAUCCCAUCCCGAUACGGAGAAGAUGUGUAGCCAGGAUGGAAAAAUUAAAUGCUUGGCAUUGCCUCCUAACACCACAUCUCUUAUCCAACCCAUGGACCAGGGAAUAAUUUUAGCAUGCAAGAGAAUAUACAAGAAAAAAUUACCAGAGGACAAAGAGGAUGAUACUCGAGGAAUGAGAACACUGCAGAACAUUCGAAAUUACAGCAUUAGGUCUGCAAUUUUCAACUGGGCUUCUGCAUGGAAGGAAAUUAAGACAUCUACACUUGCAAAUGGGUGGAAUAAACUGCUCUUUGACGGUGCCAUAGAGCCAGAUUUUCUAGGUUUUGAAGCCAGUGACUAUCAGCGCACACUAAUGGCUGGAGGCGAAACAGGUGUCACAAAAGAAGACGUCACUGAAUGGUUGGAUGCUGAUGAAGGAGAUCUUGGUUAUCAGUUUCAGACUGAGGAAGAGAUAGCUCAAUAUGUUUUGUCUCCUACUACCACGCAGCAAGACACAGACAAAGAGGAUGAAUUAGGGCCGCUAUCAAAGCAGGACCUUUCCAGUGCUAGACAAGCCCUGGAUACUCUUAUCAACAUUGUUGAUUCAACUUCAGAUGCUGACCUUCAGUCAUAUUACAGACAUUUCCGAGCAGCACAGGAAUUAGUAAUCAGUAAGCAGCAACACAAGACCGUCCAGAAGAAAAUUGACAGCUUUUUCAAGCCUUCGAAGUCAACAGAAUCUGCAGAAGCUAGGCCAGCUGAUUUACUCUCCGCUUCAUGCUCUUACAGUGACAGCAGCGAAAGUGUGUUUUACUGA